GAGUGAGUGUGUGCUUGCCGAUGCUUUUGUAAUUGGGAAGGCGGAGGACGCUUAGGAAGCAUGUCGAAGAGGGUAAGAGAGAAAAGGAGGACAAAAAUGAAGUGAGAGGCGGGGGAAAGUGAGAGGCGGCGGAAAGAGAUCUUAAAUGGCUCCAAAAGUGCUUAAACUGGCUGAAGUCACUAGAAUACUUGAACCACAUGACACGAUAUUGGUCUGUGUUAUUUGCAAGUGGAUUGUUCAUUACAAAGACACCGAGAAGAGAGUUCAUUCUCUAGAGCUUUUGCUUGAAGAUGAGAAGGAUGAUAGGAUUCAAGCUACUAUAUCACAACAACUGGUGCGCAUCUUUGACGCCCAAAUAGAAGAGGCUGAGACAUAUGCAAUGAUGCACUUUACUGUGAGGUCCAGUAUUGAACAAUAUAGGCGAUGCUCCCACCAUUACAGACUAUGUUUCACCGAGGAAACCAAGGUGAAGCAUCAAGAAAAGAGUAUCAUGUCAUCCUUAUGACCUUUUAAGUGUAAAAGCUUCUCAAAUUUUUUUGAUGAAGGCGAUGAUGUCUGUCUUCAAUUGUUUGAUGUAAUUGGUGCAUUCAAGAAAAGUGAUAAGUUGUUCACGGCGGAACCUAGAGCGCAAACAAAGUGGUGUAACUUUUACCUUCGUGAUUUAGAGUUAAGUGAUACAAUCAUUUCAAAUUUUGUUAUACUAUAUGAUGUUCUCAUAUACUAACAUCAAAACAAUUUACAUAUUUUAAUUUUACAAUGCAUAGGGAUUAGAGGUUGCAUUGUACACUCUACAAUGAGUAUUCCAAACAAUUCGUGGAACAUGUAAAAAGGACAACAUCAGAAUAUGUAAUCGUGAUCAUCCAGUUGGCACGCACCAACAAACGCUAUGGUGAGCAGAUGAGGGUCUCAACAUCAUAUAAUGCCUCAAAGGUUCUUCUUGACAUAGAAGUCUUUGAUAUUGAAGAGUUUCGAACCAGGAUGUUGGAUAUGGUCUCAUCACAAUCUUUGAGCUCAACAUCAUCACGAGCUGCAUUAAGUGAUGAUAAAGAAGUUGGAAUUGUCAAGAUGUUGUGUGAACUACAAACUACUAAGGAGGUUCGUGGGUUGUGGUUUUAUGGGAAGAUAAAUGUUAUUCUGAAUGCUACCAGUUGGGCUUAUAUGGGAUGCUUCAAAAGUCAUGUCGCGCAAGAGCCAUAAAAUGUGAUAAUGAAUUUGAGUGCACGAAGUGUGGAGUGCGGUCUUCUGAAGAAAAUAGGCUCUACAAAUUGAAGCUGAAUGUUGUGCAUGGUCGUCACAAGGCUGAGCUACUAUUCUGGGAUCAAGCAUGCAAGCAGUUUUUGGAAAAAACUGCGUCCGAUUUUCAUGAACAUCUGGAUGAUGUCAAGUUAAGACCUCAUAGUGCUCCUCCAUUGUUCUACGACUUGGUUGGGCGGGAGUACUUAUUCAAAAUUGAGAGAGACAUCGCGAGUUUAGAUGGAACCGAUGCUGUGUUUUGCAUAAGCAUGACAACAGACAAUAAGGAAAAGAUUGAGCAGAUUAAGUCAUCCUGGAAAGAUGAACCAGAGCCAGAGGUACUUCGUUAAUCUUGAUUAAGUCAUCCUGGAAAGAUGAACUAUACAAUUGUGUUGAACUUACAACUGGGUGAAUGCUGGCUGAAUAUAAUUCUGAUUCAGAUCUUGACUUAAUUCUUGAACCUCGAACUACGGUAGAAUCCAACUUGACACCAACAUCACCCGAGCAUGACCAAGGACAGACUCCAAUUUCAUCCUCAAAGAGAAAAACUGAGGAUAUAGAUGGUAGCAAAGAAAUCUCAGAUGAUAAAACACUAGGGUCUACAAAUAAGUAUAAGAAGUUGAAGGAGGUCAAAAAAGAGAAACUUUGAUGUUUGCCAUUUACAAAACUGGAUUUUAUUUUAUGUUUGAUUAUUCAUAUUUCUGCAUUCACAUUUCCUCCUAAAGACAAUUUUUUAAAGUUGUGAUCGUGCCAUUUGUUUUCCUUGAAUAAGGGAAUUCC